AUGAUAUUGUUUUUGGGCAAUAUGUUCUAUGGUGUUGUUCUGAUUGGUUGCCACGUUGUUUUUUCGCUCGGCUUCUGGCGUUAUUCGGAGUCACCGGUUGAAGUACCGUAUUUUCGUAUGGGUGAAGGCUUGCUCGUGUUCAGUAUUUCGCUUUUGCAACUAAUAUCAGUAUGUCAUCCAGCACUGCUGCUUUCGGUAACGUUACUGAAUGUGGUAGCCGCUUCCGUAGCUUUGUUCAUGGCUGCGCUUUUAGUGACAGUAACGGGGGUACGGUGGAUUAUCAUUGAGGUGGCUCUGAUUUUAGCUGCAACAGCAGCACUUGCUUGCGUCAUAUGCACAUUCUGCGCUACAUUUGCCGCUCUCAGUUCGCUAUAUUCAAUGCAUCGGAAGCCAACAAGCAGCAUUUCCACAAUUGUACCCAUAGAGGAGAACAAUUACGGUACAUUGCGAACACUGGUCACUCCACAGCUUCAGGAACAGUCGAUCUACUGGUCAGCGGACGAGAAUCCUUACUACUAUCAGGCAUCGAAACGUUACUAUGAUCAGCCAUACAAGAUUGACUCAGGAUUUUACGGGUACGCGUUGGUCAGCCCGCACGUGUUUGACUCUCCGUACGCAGUGAUGGGUGACGGCGGCGGCGGCGGCAGCGGUCCGGGUCGCUAUCUAAGACGUGUCAAUUCGGCCGUUACACAGACCAGAAUUGGUCAUGUUUUCAACUAA